AAAAAAAAUUUUCGAUUUACGUUUCAAUCUUAGAGUUUCAUCAGGAAGUCCCGAUAAUUUUUCUAUUUGAUAUCUAAUCGUGUAUGUGUAUUCAUGUUAGAAAGUUCCUAUGUGACUUUAAAAAUCGCGCGAUCAAACGCCAUCGGAUGUGUUCAACACUCGACGUUGAUUUGUUGGUUCUAGAAGUAAGAACCAAUCACCAACCAAUUAUCCAACGGUUGUGUCUCCCGAACGCACCCAUCGUGAACGGAAGUGGAUUAGUGAAUACGCGCAUGCGUCGACAAACCGUGCCGAGAGCGGCGAUGACGACGACGACAACGGUGGCCAACAGCGCCCAACAGCGCCAUUUUGUUCGCUCGUUUCUGCCCAGUAAGAUACAGCGGCGAAGAAAGUCGUUUUACGAAAAGUACGCAGUACUUCUUGCAAAGCUGCGAUCGCCGUCGCCCGCGCCUCUCCUCCUCCCCCGCGUUUCUUUAUUUUUUCUUGUUCCUCGUCGAGUUACGGUGUAGCAAGCAGCGUUGAUGAUUGGGAUUCCGCGGGACGAUCGACACAAAAUCACGGUCAAGAUCCGCAACAACAUGAAGAGGAGCUCGAGUCGCGAUACUCCGCCUCCUCGUGUGAAGCGGAGCCGAUCCUCGAUGGGACGAUAUGAGGAUUCUAGCGACGAACGUAUCACUCCAGAGAGAAUUCGACGGCGAAGCCGAGGCGCCAGAAGUCCUAGCCCGCCUACGCGAGCAUCCUCUCACGCGCGCUACGUCGAAUCCAGUUCGCAUCGCGAUGAGUACUUACGUCCGCCGCGCGAUUUGCCACGGGAGCGGCCCUACAGCUACAAGGUUCUCUGCGUCAGUUCCAUCCAUCCAAAGGCCAGCGACGAGAUGAUCAAGGAUACUUUGUACAGGGAAUACAAAAAGUUCGGUGACUAUUCUAUUCAGAUCUCGCACGAGCCGGAUGAACGGGUCGCAUACGUUUGCUUCAGAAGCUCGGAGGAUGCCCGAGACGCGAAGCACGCAAAACCUCGUAUCAUCAUAUACGAUAAGAUGGCCAUAGUGGAGCCUGUGUACGACAGGGCCGAUAAUUAUCGUCGUCCACGAUCCAUCACGCCGCCGGAUUACGAGAGAUACUACGCCCGGUCACCGGGACCUACGGACAGGCACAGACCGAUCGACAGAUACGAACGCGUAUACGGACCGCCGGUGAAUCUGCCUCCGCACCGGGAGAUGCGCCGCGAGACUAUCCCACCGCCGCAUCACGAGUUUGUUCGGCCUCCGAUACAUCCUCACGGACCGCCGCAUGUUCACCCGGGACCGCCUCAUCACUACGGUCCGCCUCGGCAUAUGAUGAUACGCCAUCCGGGGCAUGGAUUUGAACGCGUGGAGAAUAAGAAAGACAAGUUUCCCAAUUAUUUGCAUCAUGUGUCUCCCGAGGACGAUCCUCUCGCGACUCGAACUCUCUUCGCCGGUAAUCUGGAGAUUAAUAUUACGGAGGAGGAGUUGCGCCGUAUUUUCAGCAAAUACGGUAUUGUCGAUGACAUUGAUAUAAAGCGUCCACCUCCAGGUACUGGAAACGCAUACGCCUUUGUGCGUUUUCAGACCUUGGACAUGGCGCACCGAUGUAAGGUCGAAUUGUCGGGUCAGUAUAUCGGCAAGUUCCAGUGUAAGAUUGGCUACGGUAAAGCCACCCCGACCACCCGGAUAUGGGUAGGCGGUUUAGGACCAUGGACCUCUGUGCCGCAAUUGGAACGAGAGUUCGAUCGCUUCGGUGCAAUCAAGAAAAUCGACUACAUUAAAGGCGACAGUAAUGCUUAUAUACUUUAUGAUUCCAUCGACGCCGCGCAAGCGGCCGUCAAAGAGAUGCGCGGUUUUCCGCUCGGUGGACCGGAUCGUCGAUUAAGAGUGGACUUUGCUGAUGUGACACCGGGCUUCGGUUUCAAACCCAGACCGUAUCCCGAAGAGAAUAGCGAUUUCAGGCCUCGUCCAGUCGACUAUGAGUCACCAUAUGAUCCUUAUGGGCCUGAGGGAGAGUUCGGCUACGGGCCGAGGGGCUUCCGUGGCGGCAGAGGUAACGCUUCGUGGCACGAUCGAAGAGGAAACACUCGAGGUGGCUACAGAGGUUCUUAUCCCGAAGGUUACAUGCGCGAUGAGGCCGACUGGCCGAGCAGAAGACCACCGCCUGAAUUAGAGUACGAGACACCUCGCGGACUGCGAAGAUCAUUAUCACGCGAACCAGGAGUGGAUAGAUCGAGGUCGCGUUCGCCACGCAGACGACAGAUGGACUCGGAUUCGGACUCCGAAAACACUCGCAGCGGAAUGUUAUCGACAUCUCGCACGCUGCCGGAUGUCGCGCGCAAAUCUAUCGCCGUUUGGCAAGGUGCAUUGAUACUGAAGAACUCGCUGUUUCCGGCCAAGUUCCAUUUAACUGACGGCGAGACAGAGAUAAUUGACUCCCUCAUGAAAGAUGAGGAGGGUAAACAUAUGUUACGAAUAACACAGCGGCUGCGCCUCGAUCAGCCGAAAUUGGACGAUGUAUCUAAAAGAAUUCAGACGUCGAGCUCGCAUGCCAUCUUCCUCGGUCUAGCUGGCUCGAGUACUGCGAUCACGAAUGACGAUGCUAAUGUACAGACACGGCCGCUGCGCAAUCUUGUAUCUUAUUUAAAACAGAAGGAGGCUGCUGGUGUGAUAUCGCUGUUGAACAAAGAUACAGAAGGUACCGGUGUUCUUUACGCCUUCCCGCCUUGUGCAUUUUCGACGGAACUUUUGAAACGUACAUGCCCUAGUUUAAGCGAGGAGAGUCUUAAGGAGGACCACUUGGUAAUUGUAGUGGUUAAGGGGGGUAGCGCCUAAAGAGAAACCUUUAAUAUCUCGUCUCGUGUGUGUAUGUAUGAUUAUAUAUAUCGUAAGUGCAAAGAUUCUUUAAACAGUGUACAGAACGUAGAAAAAGGAGAAUUUGUGUUUUUUGAUUGAUGUAAGUAUUUUGCUUUUUACCGAUGCUUCCACAGAUGCCACGGGAGAUUUAAUCUUAUAUGAUCGUAGAUAGGAGAGCUAAUAAUAUUUGAUACUUUACUUUACACACGAAUGUAUAUUGCGUUGACUUGAGAUGUCGGAAACAUUAACAACUUUAUUUCACAAUCAGAUGGAUGAUGAAAAUUCGCGACGUCUGACAUUUGAGUCGAGUUUACCAGUGAACUAGAAUUAUAUGAAAUCUAUAUCAAUUGGAUAAAUUCUCGAAAUUUGAUGACGCGAAUCUUUAUCGCACGUUAUCAUGAGAUCUCUUCAUUCUUGUAUAGUUAAUUAAGCUCAAUGGUAGAUGAGUGACUCAAUUUUAAAAUAUUAUCGAAGAGAAUUGAUUUUUUGUACGAUAUAAUCUUAUAUGAUUUAUAUGAUAAACUUUUCCAGAAGAAUCGCGCUUUUCCAUGAAGGUAUAUUAUCGAUACUAACUGCUAAUAUAUACUAAGAGAGAUUAGAAUACUUAUUUUCUAUCAAAAAACACAAUGUUGGUAUUGUUUCCCAUUAUUCUAUUUAAUCAUUUAUCAGAUAAUGGCGAUUACCAGCGAUAAUAUUUUUAACAGCAAGAUCUUUAUUGAUUAUAUUGAGUCUUGAAUAUUAGAAAUAUUGUAAUUCUUAUUAUAUAUACCA